AUGGACGAUGGACUUGUCCUAAAUAUUGCGGAGGAUCCAUCUACAAGACCCACAAAGCUAGUAUCAAAAAAAUCUGGUCGUUGGACGGACAGGUUGAAGGCUAAACGAGUCCAAAAACGAAAGACUGACCGUCAUCCUGGCAGCGAUGAUGAUGACCAUUCUCGUCCCGCAAAGCGGAUACGACCUGACAUACCCUUGUGUGCUACCAAAGUAGCUACUGCAGCGGACCGUCCGGCACCUCCAGCUAAGCCUCCGACUCAGAUAAUCUCUUCUCUGUUCUCGUACAACCCUAAAGUCGAAGCUCCUAUAGCUUCUGCUGUUCAAAAAGCACCCUCUAAACCAAGUAACGCACCAUUGACUGGCUCAGCCACAUUUGCAGACCUAGGUCUCCACCCUCUCCUCGUUGCUCACCUACAAUCCAAGAUGAGUAUCACGAAGCCGACAUCUAUUCAACGUACUGCCCUUCCGAUAUUCACGAACCCCUCUUCUGAAGAUAUGAACGCACGCGACGUAUUUAUACAAUCGCAAACAGGCUCUGGAAAGACCAUGUCGUUCCUCCUACCUAUAAUCCACGAUCUUCUCCCCCUCAGUACGCACUCCUACAUCGACCGCUCGAUAGGAACGCUUGCCAUUAUCAUCGCACCUACUCGGGAACUAGCGAAACAAAUUUGCGAUGUCUUAGAAGCGCUUUUGACGCUUAAGCUCUGCCCAGAAGGCGAACACGAGGACGCAGAGGGGUCUAUGCAUUAUACCCGAUGGUUAGUUUCCGGCUUGCUAAGUGGAGGUGCAACUCGUGCGCACGAGAAGGCGCGUCUACGUAAAGGUGUUCCCAUUCUCGUUUCGACCCCGGGUCGCCUUCUCGAUCAUCUGCAAAAUACAUCUUCUUUCGACGCUGGAAAAUGCAGAUGGUUAGUUCUCGACGAAGCGGACCGCUUGAUGGAACUCGGGUUUGAGGAGACUAUCAGAGGGAUUAUACAGGGUCUGGACGGGAGGAGGAAGCUCGCGUUACAAGCUGUUCGGGACGGUAAGACCUUUGGGGUCGGGGGUUGGGAUUGGGACCGGCAGAGACGGACGAUCCUUUGUUCGGCUACUAUCCGUGAAGACGUACAGAAACUCGCAGGCACCACUUUAAUACGACCGCUAGUAAUCAAGGGCCUCGACAACGAGAAGGCGGAGGAUUCGCCUGCAUCAAAACAUGGCAACGAGAUAGCUACCACCGGCACCGAGAAAUUCACUCCCCCGUCACAACUCUCUCAGAAAUAUGUUAUUGUUCCCCUCAAAAUGCGUCUUGUCGCACUUGUCGCACUUCUUCGCUCAUUGCUCGCUCAGACACAAGGACAAAAAGGGUCGAAAAUCAUUGUAUUCCUCAGUUGUAUAGACUCUGUCGAUUUUCACUGGCGCCUGCUAGGCGAUUCAUCUAUGGGCAGCGAGAAAACGGAAAGUUCUGGGCCUGGCGAAGACAAGAGUGAUGACGAAGGUAGCAAGGAAGAUGAAUCUACUGAAGAGGAAAGCAAAAUUGCUGCGCAGUCUUCGCUCCUUCCAGGCGCUUCAAUCUUCCGUCUUCACGGCUCCCUUCCUACACCAAUCCGUCUCGCCUCUCUACGGGGAUUCUCCGCUAUUCCUUCCUCAAAGUCCAAGACACCUACUCCCGUGUCUUCUAUUCUCCUUUGCACGUCCGUGGCAUCCCGAGGUCUCGACCUACCCCUCGUUCGCGCAGUCGUACAGCACGACCUGCCCACCGAAGGCGGCGCGACCGAGUACGUGCACAGGGUGGGACGGACAGCACGUGCAGGCAAUGGUGGCGAAGCAUGGAGUAUCGUCGCGCCCAGCGAAUCUGAAUGGGUCAAAUGGGUGGAGGGGAAGAUGAGGGGCGAUGCGACGGGAGAAAAGUCUAACGAUGACAAAGCCAACAUCACUCUUGAAGGGGCAAGUAUCGAGAGCGUGUUGGCGAAGGGUUUUGGUGGAAACGGGUCCAAGUACGAGGCGCGCGCGACAGAAGUGCAACUUAGUUUUGAGCGAUGGAUUUUGCGGCACAAACAGAACGCUAACCUUGCUCGAAGAGCAUUUACUUCUUACAUGAGGGCGUACGCAACCCACCCUUCGAACGAGAAACAUAUAUUCCAUGUUCGACAUCUUCACAUUGGACACCUGGCAAAAGCAUUCGCACUGCGCGAGGCGCCAAAGACGAUUACUGACCGGAAGACUAAAACCUCUAGCGUAUCCAAAGGUCGUGGCUCGCGUCCUGCUAAAUCUACAACGCAGCAUGAUGUCGGGGAUGCAGAGCAACGGAUGCAAGAUAUUGUCCGCGCGCAGGGCCGGCUGUCGAAGAAAGGUGGCAAGAUGAUUAGCAGUGGGACCAACGAGUUUCAAAUUGCAUCGGGCGCUGCUUUGGAUUCACUUAUCCAUGGCUAUCGGUCGUAG